AUGGCUGUGAUUUGGAAUCCUGCUAUACGAAAAUUUGUUGCUGUAAGUGUGCGUAAUCUGACGUUUCGAACCGUUCUAGGUUUUGGGGUUUGUCGUGAGACGGCUGAUCCUAAGAUUGUCAAGAUUACGUGUAAGGAUGACAGGGAGGAUGUGGAAAGUGUAGUUGAGGUUUUUACGUUAAGCUCACGGGCUUGGAGAAACCCGGGUACUAAUCUCCCUCGUAAGACGAUUAAAUUAGGGUUAUUCGGGUCACAGGUUGUAGACGGGUGUCUUUACUGGCUUGCUACGGAUAGGAUUACUACGGAUGGUGGAUUUAGUUUUUCUAAUAUUAUUAUCUCAUUUGACAUGACAAGUGAAGAGUUUAGAGAAGUAAACCUCCCCGAUGACUUAUCCCGCUUGCGUGGUACUAAGUUGUCUUUGUCUAAGGUACGCGAGUCUCUUGUUGUGGUUGAAGACGUUGGACAUGGUGUAGAGGCUAUAUGGAUGAUGGACGAUGGUGUUUCAAAAUCGUUUACAAAGCUAUUCACUGUUAAUUUUAACACACCACCCGCACAAGUAAGGCGGUUUAGGGGAUUUAGGAAGACAGGUGAACCUAUAAUUGAAGUUGUUCAACACAAUCUUCAUGGACAACUUGUUGUUUAUUGA